UCGCGAAAAAUGUGUCUGUCGAUUUUUGGUUUGAAAAAAAGGUGUUUUGUCUGAAAUUUUGUGUUUUUAGUGGAAUUACGGCUACAUAGUCCUUGAAAGUGUUGCAGAAGUGUUUUGGGGAGUCUACUUUAUCAUGAACACAAGUAUUUGAGUGCCACAAAGUAUUCAGUGAAGGUCCUGAAGUCAUCGAAAACUUGACGCAUGCAUCGAUCCACCUCUGUUAAUGACAAUAAUAUCGAAAAAGUCAAAGAAACAGUGCUUGCAAAUCUUCGUGUUGGCAUCAGACAGAGAGCAGAGAAUCUCAACAUCUCUUAUGGAUUGACUCAAUACAUUUUAUGGUUAAUGUUUUGGGUAUGAACGGUCUGAAUUUUGCAAAAAUAACGUCGAGUAGAGGUCACAAAACAGAGGCUUGACAACGGAGUGAGAAACCUACAUACAUCACACACAUCGUUAUUUGUGACGUGGCGCAGGCUUAUGAAUAUGACGUCGAAACUGUUCAACAAUCUAGCGAAUGACGCUCAAAAAUAUGCCGACACCGUGAAAACCACGUCAUAGUCUAUCAAAAAUCAAGGAGACGCUCAUUGUUUUCUUUGAUUACCGUGGUGAAUUCGUUCCACAGGGUCAAACGGUCAAUAUAAAAUACUAUUUGGCCGUUUUGAGGCAUUUACUCAUACAUGAUGCAAUUCGUGGUAAACGGCUGAAUUUGUGCGUCGUCUAUAUUGUGACUGAUUUUUCGGCCAAACCGAAAGAGUCAUCGCUUAGUCACCGUAUUCGUUAGAUUUGACUUUCUGUGACAUUUCUUUGUUUUCAAAAUUGAAAAAUUCGCUUUGGGGAACGCUCCCUGACUCCAUUUUAACCAUUGAAAUAUUGAAGGCACCGUAGGCCAUCCCAGCUGAGGCUUAUAACAAGUGUAUGGAAAAUUGGAAUGCACAUUGGCAUGCUUGUAUUGGCUCAGAAGCUUAUUUUGAAGGCGAUAAUAAAACAUUGUAUUAAACUAAAUUUUCCAGUUCAAUUCGGGUCUAAUUUGAUCAGAUGCUAAUUUAUAUUUUUUCUCAUGUAUUCUCUUAUUUGUAUUUUGUUCAGUCUACAUUAAAGUAUUUUUCUUGUCGCCCCUGUUACUUUACUAAACGCAACCAAUUAUUCGAAACAAAAAUUUUCUUUACGCUCAACACAAACAACAACACUUAUGUGUAUUGGCUCUUUUUGUAUGGACGUCCUUAAAAAUGUGCGCGACGAACAUAAAUUCGUAUACUAUCGAGAUCGAUGUGGCGUCAUAAAUUGUAAUGUUAAUUAAACGUAAGUUGGCACCUUAACUGCGAAUUUUCACGACAAACGACAAACGGCGACAGCAGUCAAUAUAAGACAAUAAUAAGGAGGGAGAACAAGUCAAGUGCAUUACAUACAUAUGUACAUACAAAUAUACAAUACACCGAGGUAACUGUCUAAGUGAGAAAAACAAAUAACAACAAAAACGAGCGCAUAUGUAAAAAAUAAAAAUAAAAACCAACAACAAAGUUUAAUCGAAUAACGUAAAAUCAAGUGAAUCUUGCAGCAGGAUCUUCAGUGCCCAGCAGAGCAGAGAAGCCCACGCGAACGAAUGAUCACGUGCACAUGCUUACGAGCGCGCGAAAUGCUGAAUAUAUAGAGUGAGCAGGUAACUGAUUGCAGUUGGUGGUAAACAGUGAUAAUAUAAAUAAAAAAAAAUAAAAAAAUAAAAGUGAAGAUAUUGUAGUGAGUAGCACGUGGACGAAAUAGUAUUGAGAAACAAAUAAUUUCGUAUUAAAACAAAAAACUAAAAUAAUAAAUAAAAUUGUGUUGAGAAAAAUAAAUAACUUUGUAUUAAACUGAAAAAGAAGUGGACAAUAUAGUGUUGCGUAAGAAAAAUUUCUUAUAAAAAGAAAUAUAAAAAAACAACAAUACAAAUAAAGUAGUGAAAAAAAAUUUUGGUUUAAAAAUAAAAAUUAAAAAUAAAAUAUUAUUAGUAUACAAAAUAUAUACAUUUAUAAAUUAAAAUAAAAAACAUAUAGUAAUAAAAUAAUAGAUAAACACAUAAAAAUAUUUUAACAUUUUUGUAACAAAAAAAUAUAAAAAAAUAAUUUAUAAUAAAUAAAAAAUCAAAAAUGUCGGUGAACUGUGAUUUUUGUUUUGUAAGAGAAAUGUGAAAGAGUUUGUUAAAAAUAUUAUCCCUUAAUAUCUUUGCCGAAACUGUUGUGAAUAAAGUGAGUAAUUCGUAGACUUGCCGAACAACAAUCGUUGUAGUGAGCAAUUUUUGUUUGCUAAUGUACAAUAGCAUAAAAUUAAUAAUAACAAAAAAAUAAUAAUAAAAUAUAAAAAUUUAUAAAUCAAAUUAUAUUGUAAAAGAAUAAAAAUCUACAAAAAAUAUAUUUUCAACAAUUCAACUCAACUUAAACUUCCAUAAACCGCCGCAAUCAGCUGAGACGCCGCAUAAAACAGUACGGAGAAUGAGAAUUAUGUCAGCAUUGUCAGCAAAACUUACCUCCUCAACAGCAAAGCCGCGCCGACAUUGUUGUCAAUGCGAAUAUAAAAAUGUUUGCCACAACAACAGCAAUAAGUCGCUAAUCAGCAUUUGUGCUCCACAGAUGAAAUGCGCCAACCACAAGUUCCUAUUAAUUGUGUUCCUUUGCACUAUGGGCUUACUGCUUACCGUAAGUGGUUUGCCCACAGUCAAUGCCGCUACAAAUCCGCGUAUAUCGCCUAAGCCGGUGCGCACCGAACCGGGCGCGUGUCGGAGCAUUGAUGUGCGUAAUGAUUGUGCGAGUUACGAGCAAUUACAUAACUGCACCGUUAUACGUGGUUUCCUGUUGAUUGUCCUUGUGCCGGCGGAGAAUUAUGAAACAAAGCAGCCGUGUCAUCAUGAGAAUUAUACUUUUCCUCUAUUGCGUGAAAUCACCGAUUUUCUGAUAUUUCACGAUGUGCGCGGCUUGCGCAGCAUACGAAAUCUAUUUCCCAAUUUGGCUGUGAUACGUGGACGCCGUUUAUUUCUGAACUAUGCUCUUGGCAUUACGAAUAUGCCCGAUAUGGAAGCGUUGGAAUUCCCUUCAUUAAUAGCGAUACAGCGUGGCCACAUUUACAUAAACAACUGUCCGAAGCUCUGCAAUUUAGACAAGAUUGAUUUUGAUCGCAUCACAUUGUCGGUGGGUGAAAAUCAUGUUUAUCCCAUGGCACCAGAUGACUGCCCGAUAAAAACCGUUUGUCAUAACUGUGUUACCGAACAUUGUUGGUCGAAUAAUGUUUGUCAGCGCUUUGAGAAUGAUAAUCUAAUUGAUGCAGCAAAAGGUAUUCAGCACUGUCACAGCGAAUGUCUCGGCGGCUGCUACAAUAGUUCAAAUGAAGGUUGCUACACGUGUAGAAAUCGGGAGGAUCACGGUAACUGCGUGAAGGAAUGUCCACCGGAUAAAUAUUUAAUGGAAAUUGAUCAAACCUGUCAUACUAAGGCUGAGUGCUUGACACUUUUUAAUAUGACUAAUAUGACUGUCAAAGACAAUAAGUGCUUGACACAGUGUCCGGAAGGUUCGGUAUUUGAUGUCAAUGGGCGUGACAUAAUUAAUUGCAUACCAUGCGAUGUGGAAAUGCGCGAUAACAUCUAUACCAUAUUUAAUUUGGGCGAUGCCGAUCGACUGCGUGGCUGCAAGUCCCUCAACGCGAGCGUAAUCAUAUCCAUACGUAAUACGAUUAACGAGGAUGAUUUAGCUAACAGUUUGGGUAAUUUACGUGAGAUAGGUGGCUAUUUGAAAAUCAUCGGUUCCGACGGACUUACGAGUUUAAAAUUCCUUAAAAGCUUACAGAAGAUCGCCGGUAAUCCGGAACUUUUGGAAGCCGGUUUGUAUGGACUUGUUUUAUAUGAUAAUGAGAACUUGAGAGAUUUAUGGCAACCGGAGAAAAAUUUCGAUGUGAUACAUGGCAGCAUGUAUGUACAGAUGAAUAAGAAGUUAUGCAAUCGUAAAUUGCGUGAAUUCGCGCGAAAAGUGAGACACGAUGUUCUGAAAGACGCAUUACAAAUAAACGAUCAGGAGGUGCUGUGUGAUCCUGCGAAAUUGUCUUUGCACAUUGAGGUAUUAUCUCAUCGCUCAGCGAAAUUCAGCUGGCCCAAAGAGCAAACAUCUAGCGAAGUGGAAAUCAUGUAUCGCCCGAUAGGAGUGAAUGAGGAGUUUGUAGAGCACAGUGAGCUGGAUACACAUAUCUGCAGAAGAAUCCAAUGGACUCGUAUACUCGCCUUUCCAAAGGAGUUAGAAAGCAAUGAGACACACUACAGCUACACCGCGAACAAUUUGAAACCAAGGACACGCUAUGCAUGUCUGGUAAUAACCUUCGGACUCGCCGACAUACACGAUACACGAAGUGAUUUGUUGUAUAUUACCACGAAAGUCGACCUGCCGGCACCGCCAACAAUCAAUAUCACGCGAAAAAAUGACGUUUCACUCACAGUACAACUGGAACACUCGGCUGACGAUGUGGUAAGCUAUUAUAAACUAGAGGUAUAUAACCUGACCGAUAAUGUACUGUUAUUGGAUCAACGUGAUUUUUGCGCGCAACCAAGUUAUAUGUAUCACGACAAGGAAAUUGUCAGCAAUGACGAGGAUGAGGAUGCAUGUUGUAGGCGUAAGGAAGAAGAGGCAGACGACCAUCGUUUCGUAUAUAACAUGCGCAAACUGUUCGAAUGUAAUUUGGAUAGCUUGGAAAAUUGCCGUCCUGACAUCGACUUGGCCGAGUUGCCACCCGUUACGAUUUCGCCACUUAAAGCAUGGCUUAAAUUGAAUUUGGAUGCAACGUCGCGUAAUGCGACAAUUAUUACCCAUCUCAAACGUUUUAGCCUAUAUACGCUACAGGUGCAGUCCUGCAAUGAGGCAGGUUGUGGUGCAUACGCUUUUCGCUGGACACGUACAAACUUUUCCAUUAGCGGCGACAGUUUGGAAUCGUUAAUGGCUUGUCGUGUUGGCGGUCUAAAUGAAUUUCAUGUAUACUUCCCGGAACCGCAGAAUGCGAAUGGUGUUAUCACCUCAUAUGUGGUGCAUUUUCGUCUACAUCAACCAGAUACAGAUACCUUUCGAACGCACAUUGAGUGCGUGACACGAUCACAACACGAAUAUAAUAAUUAUCAAUUAAUCGCACAAUUGGAUACGCCCUUCAAUGAGGUAGCAGUGCGUGUUUACUCGCUGGCCGGUGGCUUUCUCACGCCUUGGAUGCCGAUCACUAUUUGUCCGUUUCAAUCGGCUAUCGUUAAAAUGGGUGCUGUUACUGAUCACCCCAAGGGCUAUGCUAGCAAGAUAGUUAUGACAUGCUUUUUGUUCGGUGUUUGUUCCUUCAUUGCGUGGGGUUGCUUCAAAUGGGGUUGGUGGCGUUGGCGUCGGUUCGAAGAAUUACGCCGUCAUCUCUCACGCGUUUGGAACUGGGAGCUACGGCGUCGUGGUGAUGCUGGUCAAUCACUUGUUGAAUAUCGCAAUGUACCCGAAGAAGAACGUCUGGAAAAUUCAGGGUAGUGUUGGCUUAUGGAAUACUUUGCGAAAUAAAUGUAUAACGGGGUUUAAAAAAAUUUAAAGAAAAUAA